GCCAUUCACGAUGGCGGCAACAGUCACCGCUUUCGUGACGGACACUGUCACAAAGACCAUGGCAGCCGCCACGGCAUCUUCGACCGCUCGAGCAAAAGCUCAGGGUGGUAUUUUAGAAGGCGAGAAUCCGACACAUUACAACCCAAAGGAUCCUAUCAUCAUAUUCAUUAUUCAGGCUGGUGUAAUCAUCCUAUUCUGCCGAUUACUACACUGGCCUCUAUCGAAGAUCCGGCAACCGCGUGUUAUCGCAGAAGUCAUUGGUGGUGUCUUACUGGGUCCCUCAGUUAUGGGCAGAAUUCCUGGUUUCACUGCCACGAUUUUUCCGCCGGCUGCACAACCAAAUCUCGCUCUGGUGGCCAAUCUUGGUCUGGUCCUCUUCCUGUUCAUAGUAGGUCUCGAAGUCGACUUGCGCUACCUGGCCAGCAAUUGGAAGAUCGCGUUAAGUGUCGGCUUGGCUGGCAUGGCACUUCCCUUUGGCCUAGGUUGUGCCAUUGCUUAUGGACUGUACAACCAAUUCUCGGAUGAAGAUGGGACUGAGCCAGUCGCAUUUGGCACGUUCAUGCUGUUUGUUGGUGUGGCCAUGGCUAUCACUGCUUUCCCAGUGUUGUGUCGUAUCCUUACGGAACUGAAACUCUUGUCAACAUCCGUCGGAGUCAUUGUGUUGUCGGCUGGAGCUGGCAAUGAUGUUACUGGAUGGGUCCUUCUCGCUCUUUGUGUAGCUUUGGUAAACUCUGGCAGUGGAAUAAGUGCCCUCUAUGUCUUGCUGACAGCUCUGGGAUACACGCUUUUCCUCUUCUUCGCUGUCAAGCCGGCUUUUACCUGGGUUCUUAGACGUACACGUACGUUCGAGAACGGACCAUCUCAAGGCAUCAUCGUCUUGACCCUACUAAUUGCGCUCGCGUCUUCCUUCUUUACCGGAGUCAUCGGGAUUCACCCCAUUUUUGGUGCUUUCAUGGCAGGGUUGAUCUGCCCUCAUGAGGGUGGUUUCGCAAUCAAGGUCACAGAGAAGAUUGAAGAUUUGAUCAGCGCUCUAUUUUUGCCACUUUACUUUGCCCUAUCCGGACUGUCUACCAACCUUGGUCUUUUGGAUUCUGCCAUUACUUGGGGAUAUGUCGUUGGUGUUUUGGCUGUUGCAUUUGUCGGCAAAUUCGUGGGAGCUUCGGUGGCUGCACGCGUGAAUGGCCUUGUCUGGCGAGAGAGCUUUACCAUUGGCGCUCUGAUGAGUUGCAAAGGUCUCGUCGAGUUGAUCGUUCUCAAUAUCGGUCUUCAAGCCAGGAUCUUGUCGCAAAGGACAUUCACAAUCUUUGUGGUCAUGGCUUUGAUCACCACGUUCAUUACCACGCCGUUGACUAUGGCCCUAUACCCACCUUGGUAUCAGAAGAAGCUAGAGGCUUGGAAAAAGGGUCUGAUUGACUGGGAUACUGGCAGUCCACUGACUCCCGGCGAUGAUGCCUCAUCUAUCGUUGUGGCAAAGCUGGAGACCAGCAAGAUUAAGAAACUACUCGUCCACCUGAGAUUGGAUAACAUGCCUACCUUGAUGACGUUCGUCUCACUCUUGGCUGCUCCGAGCAAGUCUGGGGACUCUGCAGCGCGACAACAUCCUAUGCUGGCUGGUAAGAGCGUGGAAGAGUCUUCGAAAGCACCAAAUCGACCUUUGGAAGUUCAUGGUGUCCGGAUGAUCGAGCUUACGGACAGAGACUCAUCCGUCAUGAGUGUUUCGGACGUCGAAGAAUUCCAUUGGAAAGACCCCAUUAUCAACACCUUCCGCAACUUCGGCAGAUUGUACAAUCUAGCAGUUUCGGGAGAAGUCGCAAUCGCCCUCGAGUCGUCUUUUGCCGAAAUCAUCACAUCCAAAGCGGCGAGCGAGAACUCAGAUCUUCUUGUUCUUCCUUGGAGCGAAAGUGGAAGUAUGAAUGAACAGCAAUCCUACAAUGGCAACCCCGCUACUCCCAGACGACUCGAAGACACAAGCUACGUCAGUUUUGUGGCUGCCGCACUCAAGUCGUCGACUUGCAACACCGUGGUCUUUGUCAAUCGUGGCUUCGGUGGCAGCGCAGUGGCACGUCGCCCACCAACUCUGUCUCGUCAAGCGAGCAAGAUUAGCUUGUCGAAUGAGCGAGGACCUGCAUCGUCGCCCAUCAUGGACAAGUCGCACCAUAUCUACAUGCCAUACUUUGGCGGAGCCGACGGCCGCGUGGCGUUGCGGCUUGUGCUGCAGUUGGCAGAAAACCCAGAUGUAACGGCGACCAUUGUCUUUUUCGAUAAGCUGGAUGGUGCUGGUAGCUUAGCAGAGACCAAAGGGUCGGAAACCCAUGGUUCGCCUGUGGAAGGGGAUGGCAAACCUAGCGUCGUCGCACAGAUUGAAGAUAGCGACGAGACGUUUUUCGCCAUGAUCCAGCGAUCUCUACCUGUGGAGUUGUCAUCGAGAGUGAUUAUGGAGUCCAUAUCGUCACACUCGCCCCUGGAGGAAGCAAUCUCUCGGGCGCAGGUCGAGGUUGCGCAGAACCCGAAGAAUGCAGGCGACUUGGUUGUUGUCGGCCGAAGAGACUUGUCUAGCGAGUCGGGCAGGGCAUGUUUGGGCCUCGUUGCGCAGCGAUUCAUCGACAGUGGGCUUCGAGCAAGCAUUUUGAUCAUGCAAGCCAGGGGGUCUCACAUGUCUUCUGAGAUGCUG